AUGGUGACGAUAAUGGAUAUUACCAGAGUACGGCUGCGUACGCACCUGCGUGACGGGAGAACGGCGGCUACGGCUCCGGCGUCGGCGUCGACCACGGCGGCGGCGGCGGCGGCGUCGGCAGUGCCCGUGUCGGCUGAGUCCAUCGCCCGUACGCGGCGCGCGCGAAAAACCGUCUCCGUCGUGACUGGCCGCGUCUUUUUCGCCGGCUCGGCGCCUUUGGAACGGGCCCGUCCGAGCACGCACACGUACAGGAAGAAAACGCCGCUUCGUCUCGGGGGUACGGCGACGCGAACGGAAGGUAAUGUAAAACUGUGAUGACGAUACGUAACGACGACAGAAAAAAAAUAACCCGCCGCGCGUAUAUAUCUAUACGCUUUUAAUAACAACAAAAUCAAAAUGGUUGUCCAAAAAAUGACAUCUUCCAGAAUAAUUUUCCAAAGAGGAUUACACGGGGCUAACAAAAAAUUAGAUAGCCUCAUAAGAGUCAAUCACGCUGGUGAACUUGGAGCUGAUCGUAUAUAUGCAGGACAGAUGGCAGUAUUAGGAAACAGUAGUGUAGGUCCAAAGAUUAAACAUAUGUGGGAACAAGAAAAAGUACAUAGAAAUAAGUUUGAGCAACUUAUAACCCAAAACAGAGUGCGACCAUCACUACUAUUUCCUUUAUGGCAUUGUGCUGGCUAUGUACUUGGAGCUGGUACAGCACUUAUGGGUCCUAAAGCUGCUAUGGCUUGUACUGUUGCUGUGGAAACCGUUAUUGUAGAACAUUAUAAUGAUCAAUUACGAGAUCUGAUGGAUGAUCCUGAAGCUGAUAAAGAGCUUCUCGAAACCAUUAAAAAGUUUAGGGAUGAAGAACAAGAACAUCAUGACUGUGGUAUUGAUCACGGAGCUGAGCAAGCUCCAUUUUAUGAUGCAUUAACAAAAGUCAUAAAAACUGGGUGCAAAGUAGCUAUUGAAGUAGCAAAAAGAGUAUAAAGUUAUUGUCUAUAUAAAAUCAUAUUAUAAUUAUGAUCAAGUAUUUAAAUUAUAUGUAUUAUGUUUGAAGAAUAAAUAUUUAUAUUAAUUGGUUAAA